AUGGCCCAAUCCAUUAUGUUCUGGAACCCCGCCGUCGAUGAUACCACUCUGCGUCAAGUUACCGCGAAAGAUGCCCGUAUCGAGGAGAAACUCCCUAUCUACCUCGCUGUCUAUCGUUUCAAUGGCGCCCUUCACUGGUCUAUCGUAUGGCACGCCUAUGCGCCUGAAACGACCGCGCUAUCAGCCUCUACUGAACACAUCGGCUUCAAGAUUAUGGAAGUACGCAAUCCAUCAACCAAUCCGAGGGAAUUCAAAUACAGGUUCUCUUUCAAGCCACGCGAUAGUCACACAGCAAAGCAAUGGAAGCUGAGGGUACUUGCAUCUUUGACCGGUGCAGAGCGCGAAUCGCUUGCAGAGGUGGGUAAACGGUGGUCGCCGAAGGUUGCUAUUGGCGGCAAUUGCAUCACUUGUGUCUGUGACCUGGUCAAAUUCUUGACCGAACCCAUCGGCGACAGACCAGGACCAUUCCCCAGCACCGCUCUUAAAGUGAUGGAUGAAGCCCGGGACGAGGAUAUGUCGGAAGGAAGGGAGUAUAGAGACACUCACCUGAUUGCCACCACAGGUAACUCAGGCAUGGAUUUCCAAUACUAG